CUCAAACACAAAGUCCCUCCACUUUCUUCUUGUCCCUAUGAUGGCACAGGGUCACAUGAUCCCCAUGGUCGACCUAGCCAAGCUCCUCGCGGCCCGUGGCGCCCUUGUCACCUUUGCCACUACUCCGGUCAAUUUAGCCCGCAUUCAAACUACUAUCGAUGGGGUUGCCGCCUCUGCACUUCCGAUCCGUUUUGUUGAGCUCCAAUUCCCAACUAUAGAUGUUGGCCUUCCGGAUGGUUGUGAGAACGCCGAUCUCAUCCCGUCAGCAGAAUUGUUUGUCCCAUUUAUGAAUGCUCUAUCCCUCCUCCGUAGGCCGCUCGAGGCCCACUUUCAAGACCUUGAAUUGACUCAAUGGCCAAAGCCAGCUUGCCUUAUCUCUGACAACCUUCAACAUUGGACAGCUGAUGUUGCCCGCACUCUUAACAUCCCACGUCUCAUCUUCCAUGGUCCAUCAUGCUUCUUCCUCUUAUGUGACCUCCUCAUCAACCGGCAUAGGGUUGAACUUGAGGUAGCAUUGGAAGCAAAAUUGAGCGGAUCCUUCAUGCUUCCAGAAAUCACGCAUCCCAUUCGGAUCAACAAGCAUGAAGUAACCUCAGUUAUGGGCUCAGACCCUAGCUGGUCCAAAUACAUGGAAUCCGUCCGGGUGGCUGAAGAAUCCGCUGAUGGUGUGCUUGUCAAUAGCUUUGUUGAGCUUGAGCCCUUGUAUUUCGAGAGAUAUCAACAAGUGACGGGCAAGCCAGUGUGGUCUAUUGGGCCGCUCUCUCUUUAUAAAGAAGAGCUUAAUGCCAAGGCAACACGUGGGCAUGUUUCAUCUAUUGACAGCAAGUUCCUCUUCCAGUGGCUAGACAAACAAAAGGUUGGGUCAGUGGUGCUCGUAAGUUUUGGAAGCAUAGUACGUAACACCAUAGCCCAACUCAUGGAGCUAGGUUACGGGCUCGAAGCUUCGGGUCGACCAUUUAUUUGGGUAGUGAAGGAAGUAGAGGAGAGGCAAGUUUUGGGGGUGGUGGAGUGGAUGAAAAAUUUUGAGAAGAGGAUGAAGGGGAGGGGAAUGGUGAUAAGGGGGUGGGCGCCACAGACAUUGAUUCUAGGGCAUGUAGCGGUUGGGGGCUUUGUAACACAUUGUGGUUGGAAUUCAACAUUGGAAGCGAUAGCAGCAGGGGUGGUGAUGGCAACAUGGCCACACUUAUAUGAUCAAUUUUUAAAUGAGCAAUUGGUGGUGGAUGUACUCAAAAUCGGGGUGGCAGUGGGCAUUGAAGAGCCGAAAUUACAUGACUUAUGGGAUGAUAAUGAGAUGGCGGUGAAAGUGAAGAGGGGAGAAGUUGAGAAGGUUUUGGAGAGGCUGAUGGGGGGAGGAGAGGAAGGGAAUGAGAGGAGGGAGAGGGCAAAGGAGCUAAAGGAGAAGGCCAGAAUGGCUAUGGAGGAAGGAGGGUCUUCAUGGAAGGGAUUACACGAUGCAAUCAGCUAUGUGUUAGAGAGCCGACAGAAGUACCAAUGAACAAAAACUUUCAUUCAUGCAUAGAAAUUCUUAUAAGUAACUUCUUAUCAUUCCUUUUUCUAGAUUGAGAUUUAUUAGUUUCUUAAUUUUAUCUCAAUGUAAAAAUAAUUGAUGCGAAGAAAAUUUUUGUAAGAGAUUUCUUGUGAUUUAUGAAAGGAAA